AUGCCCGUCUCCCAUCGGACCCUGACCGUCUCGCAUCUCCCCACCUCCACCUCGUUCUUCCUUUCCUGCCUUCAGCCUCUGGGAUACCAGUUUAUCGGCCGACAUGAUGACUAUAUUGGCUUUGGACAAAAGCAGGGAGAACCGGCGGAUUUCUGGAUUACGGAGCAGAAGCCUAGCGUUCUCCUCAGCGCGGCGCAUGUAGCGUUUCCCGCGCCAUCCAAAGAUGCCGUCACCGCAUUCUUCCACCAGGCUAUUCAAGCCGGCGGCAAGUUCCACGGCGAGCCACGCACUCGCGACUCAGUGACCGGAUAUCACAGCGCCGCCGUUAUCGACUUUGACGGGAGUAGCAUCGAGGCCGUCUACCGUCCCGGCGGCUCCGUCGUGGCAUCAGAAGCUGCAGGUCCAAUAAUAGCCCUGCUGGAGAAUCGCACCGUGGUCUCCAAGGCUGUCAGCGUCGCGGCCCCAAAGUCAGAAGCGGCUAAGUCGCGUACAAUACCAAAAGCACCGACCACCAUCGAAAAGGCCGCGCCUGCUCCGACUGUGAUAUCGCAAAAGUCCAGUGGCUCGGCCCUCGCCUAUGGUCCACCGCCGGUCCAGAAGGUCGACGAUGGUAGCAAAGCGGCCAAAACCAUUAUUAGCACGCUCAUUCACGCCGCCGCCGGUGCUGCCGUGGCCUAUGCUAUUGUGAAAGGCGAGUCGCAAUCGACCACCUCUGAAAGCAAAGAUGCAGCCCCAUCCCAGUAUCAGCCACAGCAGUUUCAGCAACAAUACACACAGGAACUCCCACAAUUGAUGGCUGCACCCUCGCUAGUCUCAGAGGCACGAUCUCUAGCACAACCUAUUCUCCGCGCUAUCGAAGCCCCUCCCGCUCCCACUCGCAGCGUCUACAUCUCGGCCUCUGCUGCCCGCUCCUCGAUGUCGCGGAGCAUCAUGUCCAAGAACCCGCGCGCUAGCACCAUCUACGAGGCUACCGAGUACUACCAAGAUGAACACGGUCGUCGCGCUUCGGACGAUAGCAGCGUUUUUUCUAUCCCGGAGGACCUGCCACUCCGCGCGAUCUAUACCGACGAUGGAUACUCUGAACACAGCCGCACCGUGUACCGCGCAUCAUCCUCGCACAGCGUCCACACCGUAAAAUCCCAUGCCCCAUCCAAAGUCCACCAACCCGCUGGCAGCGCCGCCCCUUCAACCCGCUCAGCCCGGAACAUCCCCUUACCCGCCAGCUCAUCCGGGUCCAUCUACAGCGCCAUGCCCAGCCAAUCCGGGAAAUCCAUCGUCUCCGCACGCAACAUCCCCCUGCCCGCUGGAUCCUCCGCAGACUCCUUCUACGGCCCUGCACCCAGCCACGCGCCUAAAUCGCACGUCUCGGCUCGCCACGUGCUCCUCCCCGAGAGCGUGAUUGACGUCGAUGUCGACUCGAACGUUACCCCUGAUGACUCGAUCAGUCAGGUUGGGGGUAGUCGUUCGGGUCGCUCGAGUCAUUCGCAUCACUCGCAUCAUUCGAGGCACUCGAAGCAUUCGCGUUCGCAUUCUAAGGCGUCGAGGCAUUCGUCGAAGUCGAGGAUGGAGGAGCCGGUCAGACCGGCGGAUAGUGUGAGUCAGGUUUCGAGGUCUUCGCAGAGGACUUUUAAGGCGAUUGGGUCGAGUAAGAUUGGGUCGAAGGCUGGGAUUGGCUCGAAGGCUGGGAGUCGGAGGGGUAGUGAGGUUGUGGUUUGA